CAGGCCGCGUUCCAGAAGGCCGCUGAGGAGGUGAAGCAGCUCAAGUCGCAGCCGACGGACCAGGAGAUGCUGGACGUCUACAGCCACUACAAACAGGCCACGGUGGGCGACGUGAACACGGACCGCCCAGGUAUGCUGGACUUCAAAGGCAAAGCAAAGUGGGAUGCCUGGAAUGCAUUGAAAGGAACGUCCAAAGAAGAUGCAAUGAAAGCUUACAUAUCAAAAGUGGAAGAACUAAAGGGCAAAUACGGCAUCUGAGGACUGGACAUAGCAGCCACUUGCACACAUGGAAACAUGCCUUAUAUCUAAUACUGGGGAGAACUGGUUUCUGAAAAUAAUUUUAAGUACCUAGUGUAUUACAGUCAGUUCUCCUCAUGCCUGUAGUUCAGAGGAAGCUGUGUACCUGCCUAAUGUACUGACACUGUAUAAAUUCCCUCCGGGAACAAAAUCUGGAACUCAUUAAAGUGCAUUUGGUACUUUA